UGUGUGCCAUUGAACGUAGCCAUUCGCUUAGUUAUGAUAUUCAAUGUCAUUCGGUUAAAUAUACUGAGCGUAAAAAAGAGACGUCGUCAAAUCCAUUCCUGUAAAAUGUACAAAAAAACUUGCACCGAACUUUUGAAGCAACCGGCCGAAUCGAUCAAAGAAUGGUUGAAUUCAUUUGAUACCGUUUUGGCAGAUUGUGAUGGUGUUUUAUGGGUGACAAACUAUGCGAUUCAUGGAAGUCCGGACGUGAUAAAUCGAUUUCAGGAGCUCGGUAAACGGGUGUAUUUUGUUACAAAUAAUUCCACAAAAAGCCGAUCGGGUUUUAUCGAAAAAGCACACAAAUUGGGCUUCAACAUCAACGAAGGGGGCAUUAUAUCAACAUCAUAUGCUGCAGCAAAAUAUUUGGAGAAGCGAAAUUUUGAUAAAAAAGUCUAUGUGGUGGGAACGACUGGCAUCACACAAGAAUUGGAUAAUGUUGGCAUCAAACACACUGAACCUGGUCCGGACGUCAUUGAAACCAAUUACAUUGAUGUGCUGAGUAAUUUCAAAAUGGAUCCAGAAGUUGGUGCGGUGAUUGUCGGUUUUGAUGAGCAUUUUAGCUUUGCAAAAAUGAUGAAAGCAGCCAAUUAUUUAAACGAUCCAAAUUGUAUAUUUAUUGCGACAAAUACGGACGAACGAUUUCCAUCGAAAAUUGGCGUUGUACCGGGAACCGGUUCAAUUGUAAAAGCCGUUGAAACAUGCGCCGAACGUAUACCAGUUAUAAUGGGCAAACCGAAUCCAUCGAUUUGUGAGUCGUUACUCGGUGAAAAUGGCAUCAUACCUAAACGAACAUUAAUGAUUGGCGAUCGAUGCAAUACAGACAUUUUACUUGGAACGAAUUGUGGCUUUCAAACACUUUUAGUCGGUACAGGCGUUCAUCAUUUACACGAUGUACACGGAUGGAAAAAGAGCAAAAGUGACGAUGAUAAAAAACUCAUACCAGAUGUUUAUCUACCAAGACUCGGCGAUCUUUUGCCAUACGAAAGUGCAACCAAUCUCCAUAACAUUCCCGUCGAAAAUGGCAUCGAAUGGUUGAAUUCAUUUGAUACGGUGCUAAGUGAUUGUGAUGGCGUUUUAUGGCUCAAUAAUAAACCGAUUGAGGGCAGUAGUGCGGUGUUAAAUCGAUUACAAGAGAUGGGCAAACGUGUAUUUUUCGUGACAAAUAAUGCAACCAAAUCGCGUGACACCUAUGUGAAAUUGGCCCGUGAACGUGGUUUUAAUAUAACAAAAGAGCAAAUCAUUACACCAAUUUUGGCCAUCGUCACCUAUUUGAAGAGUUUAAAUUUUGAAAAGAAAAUUUAUACCAUCGGACGUGCUGUCAUUGAUGAAUUAAAACAAUACAAUAUUUAUUGUGCCGAUGAAUCGGAAGAAGAGCUUAUUAAUACACAUUAUACAAAUCUAACGAUAGAUACGUUGAAAUUAGAUCCAAAUGUUGGUGCGGUUUUAGUUAAUUACGAUCAUAAUUUUCAUUAUUCACACAUCUUAAAAGCGACCAAUUAUUUAAAAGAUCCAAAUUGCCUAUUUUUGGCCACAUGCAUGGACGAUCGAAUCCCGUCGGACAGUGAAAUGAUUAUUCCCGGCAUUUCUCCGGUCGUGCGAAGCAUUGAAGCAUGUUCGUAUCGUAAAGUGAAUAAUCUAGGUAAACCAAAUCCAGCCAUUUGCCGAACUAUUUUAAACGAUGGCAUCACCAAACCGGCACGUACAAUUAUGAUAGGCGAUAACUGUCGGACGGACAUACUUUUGGGAAAAAAUUGUGGAUUUCAAACGUUACUCGUUGGCAGCGGUGUACACAAGUUGAACGACAUUCAACAAUGGCAAAACAGCCAAAAUACCGACGAUACACGUUUCAUUCCGGACUUAUAUAUUAACAAAUUAGGCGAUUUGAUGACAUUUAAAUCAGUUGAGAUUAUUCAUUCUAAUCGACAAAAGAUGUUCAAACAAACUGCUACCGACCUAACCGCAGUCUCAAAACAAUUAAUUGAAAAAUGGUUGAACUCAUUUGACACCGUUCUUUCGGAUUGUGAUGGUGUCCAAUGGGCUGGCAGAGAAUUGUUGCCCGGCAGCAAGGAGGUGACAAAUCGUUUACAAAAAUUGGGUAAAAAAGUGUACUUCGUAACAAAUAUGUCGGUAAGAAGUCGUUCCGAAUUGCAUACGGUAGUGGCAGGUUAUGGCUAUAACAUAUCCGUCGAUAAAAUUGUAUCAUCAGCUUAUGCUACAGCCAGGUAUCUUCAAGAUAUGAACUUCGAUAAAAAGGUGUAUUUGGUUGGAUCGCUUGGCAUCUCACGCGAACUGGAAGGCCUUGGCAUUCGAUACAUUGACUCGGAUAAUUGUGACAAAGUGAAUGUGCUUGAUGUAAUAUCAAAUGGAAUUGAAUUGGAUGAAGAAGUUGGCGCGGUCAUUGUGAGCUUUGAUCAAAAUUUUAGCUACUCAAAAAUGCUCGAGGCAAGCAAUUAUUUGAAGAACCCAGAAUGCUUGUUUAUUGCCACAAAUUUCGAUGAACUGUAUCCAACAAAAAAUGGAACCAUUGUGCCAGCAAUCGGACCAAUCAUUCGUGCAAUUGAAGUUACUUGCAAACGUGAGGCUAAAAUUAUUGGCAAACCAAAUCCAAACAUGUGCAAAUAUUUGCUCGAUCAAGGAAACAUUAUCGCCGAACGAACUCUUAUGAUUGGCGAUUCUGCAAAAUAUGACAUUUUAUUUGGUUACAAUUGUGGGUUCCAAACACUUCUGGUCGGAUCCGGUGUGAACGGCAUUGAUGACGUUUAUAAAUGGCAAAAGAGCAAUAUCGAAGGAGACAAACAAUUAAUACCCGACACAUACCUUCCAACAUUGGGCGACUUACUACCAUUUCUAUAGUAUUGAAGACUUCUAUGCUUCUGCUCAUUCAAACCACUUGACUAACUCACACAUAGAAGAAAAAUGUGCGCAUGAGUUUGAGCGGUUCGAUAACAUAAUAAUAUUGCAUUAUUAAAAAAUGAAAUAAAUAAGCAAAAAGAUUUUCUUCUUUA